AUGACGGUACUGGCUAACAUCGAUGAGAAUGAUAAUAGAGCUCGCAUGGAGCGAGGUGAACUCUAUUACGCAUUCUCCCCAGAGUUGAUCGCGGCGCGCAAAAGAUGCGGGCGUAUAGUCGGCCAACUAAAUCGGGAGGGAGAACUUUCUCGGCGAGAACUAGCAGCAUACUGGAAAAAUAUAACCCAAGACCCUCGGCCUCUACCACCUCCCGGAGCGACGGAUGAAGACGAGGACAGAAUUCUUCACGAAUAUCCCUGGAUUGAACGGCCUAUCAAUAUAGAUUACGGAACCAACAUCAAGGUUGGGAGUGGUGUCUUUAUAAACUUCAAUUGCACUUUUCUCGACACAUGCACAGUAUCCAUCGGAGCACGCACUCUCGUUGGUCCUAAUGUAUGUUUCUUUAGCGGUACACACCCUUUGGAUCCCGAUCUUCGCAACGGUACUGAAGGACCGGAGCUAGGCCGUCCGAUCACAAUCGGAGAAGAUUGCUGGAUUGCAGGGAAUGUCAUUCUUUUGCCUGGAGUGACAAUUGGUGACGGAUGUACUAUCGGCGCAGGCAGUGUGGUCACAAAGCAGGAUGUUCCAGCUUGUCAUGUUGCUGCAGGCAACCCUGCCAGAAUUCUUCGUCGGAUUGAGCGCAGUGGCAAGUAA